AACUCAAUGGAAAGUAUAUAUCUUACACACCUCCCGACAACCAUGCUUACGCUUUCCUCCGUAGUCAUUUUCCAUCAGCUGUGCUCAUAAAUCAUCCCCUUUUAACACCCCUUUUUAUUCAAGCCAUUCUUUUUGCUCUUCGCUGGUCGGUGCCGCUGGUCGUGUGUAUCCUAUUACAACUUAAACAACAACCCCACAAGACUGGUCUCUUUCUCUGUUUUUUAUUCACCCCAGUCAUCCCUCGCCCUAUUUAGAUCGCUCCGCAAGUGAUCAGCACACAUCUUUCACAAUGGUCAACUACCGCUUCGCUACCCUAAUCGGCCUGGCCGGCAUGGCCGUUGCCGUGCCUCUUAAUAUCAACCUCGGUGCCUACUCGCCCGCCUUGGUCGUUGGUGAUGGUGAAAUUAGUUUCAAAGGAGGAGAAGAGGGUGGAAAGAAGGCUGGAGCGGCGGCGAUCGCCUCGGCACCGGGUGCAGCAGCCGCAGCAGCCGCGCCAGUGUCGAACGCGGCGUCGCAGCAACAGCCCGCACAGAUCGUUUCCGCACCCGCCACCGCCGACGCCGCCUCGGCCCCGAAUCCGGCCCUUGAGCAACAGGCUCAGCAGAUCGCUGCUCUCCAGGGUAUGGGCAAGGCCAUCGCCCCCCGCCAGGAGGGAGAGGCCGCUGAAGAGGACACCGAGCCCGAAGAGAAGACCUCCGCCGUCACCAAGAGGGACACCGAGUCUGCCGAGGUGGAGGCUGAGUCCGAAGAGGACGAUGAGGCCCCUGCCGUCGCCAAGCGCGACCUCGCAAGCUUCCAGGCUGCGCUUGCAUUUGCCGAGAAGGCUCUCACCAAGGGUCCCAUCAUCAGCCUGGGCACCGGCGAGGGCAGCCAGAAGGCUGGCGUUGGUAUUGUCGUUAACAACAACCCUGCUGGUGGUGCCGCUAAGGGCAAGGAGCGCAAGAAGCGUGACCUCGGUGUGAGCCAAAAAGUCAAGGUGACGACCAUCGCUUAGAAACUCACCUGAGCUAGUCGCUCGCGACAUUGCCAUCCCCGUUGGCGUUCCAUCAAUCCCCAGGCUCUUCUCGAGGAGUGACUCGGCCCUUGAUGCCGUCAAUCUGAACGUUGAUGGUGACAAGGGCUUGACGAUGACCUUUGUCGAGACUAUCACAGACGCGGAUGCGGAUAUUGAAGAUAGCGCCGAGUAAAGGAUACUGGCCAGGAUGGGGUUUAUAUACGCGGAAGAAAAAGGGAUGACGAUUAUACCAAACAAAGAACCAUAUUAUACCAGCACCAUUUCCGAAAUCUGCGCACGGCCUCGGUUCAAAGUCCCCCAACCACGAUGCCCCCGCACGGUCGGUGAAUGAGAGGUAGACACACAAGGCCUGGCAAUCUUUAGGACAACUCCCAAGCCUUUCUCACCCCAUCGCUUGGAUUGCUUGGGCUCUGGAGCUUGCCUUUGUCCACGGAGUAGGUGUGCGGUAAAGCUGCUGGCUUCAGAGUGCAUGAGAGGAAUGGGGUUUUUUUUUAUUAUUUUACUUCCCCUUGACCUACUUUACCGAUUUAUUCUGUUCAUAGUUUGGGGGUCUUUUGUUUUCUAAAGGGCGUUGGGUUUAUAUGUAAUUGGGAACCCCAGCUGUAAAAAUAGAGCGCGGCCGACAGAUAUUUUAACUAUUAUGUUCACUUCAGCAGCACUUUCAACUUUUGUACGAAGCUUGUUCCACAACGAAAUACGAUGUUGGGA